CUUUCGCUCUUUUCAUCUUCUGCUCUCUUUCCUUCUCGCCUUCCACAUUCCCAGAAGUAAGAUUGACUCAGAGAAGGCGAACCUCCAAGUGAGAGGAGCGGCAAUGGCAGAGACUUGGAAAUGUGCCAAUGUCUGGUUGCUGGUGCUAGUAACGUUGUUCAUUGCAGCCACGGCCAGAGUACAGAUCUCUGAGCUCAGGAAUGUUGGAGCACAGAAAUUGGAGAGCUUAACCAACACGUCAAUGGCGGCCAGAGCCAAACAGGCGGAGGAAUUGAAUGAACGUGCUGCGGCUGCUGACCCAGAGGAGGUUGUUUCCCAUACUGUAAUGACGAUCCGGAACAGCACUGAAAGAAGAAAGUUGGGAUUUUUCUCCUGUGGAACCGGAAACCCCAUUGAUGAUUGCUGGCGCUGCGACCCCAGCUGGCAACGUAACCGAAAGCGUCUUGCAGACUGCGGUAUUGGAUUUGGUAGGAACGCCAUUGGUGGUCGUGACGGUCGCUUCUAUGUCGUCACUGACUCGGGAGACGAUGACCCGGUGAACCCAAAGCCCGGCACUCUGCGUCACGCAGUGAUCCAGGACACGCCGCUCUGGAUUGUAUUUAAGCGUGACAUGGUGAUACAAUUGAAGCAGGAGCUCAUUGUGAACAGCUUCAAGACCAUUGAUGGGCGAGGAGCAAAUGUGCACAUUGCUAACGGAGGGUGCAUCACUAUCCAGUAUGUUACAAAUGUAAUAAUCCACGGUCUCCACAUCCAUGACUGCAAACCCACAGGCAAUGCCAUGGUGAGAAGUUCCCCAACACACUUUGGUUGGAGGACAAUGGCGGACGGUGAUGCCAUUUCCAUAUUUGGAUCCAGUCACAUUUGGGUCGACCACAAUUCCCUCUCUCACUGCGCUGAUGGCCUUGUCGACGCUGUCAUGGGCUCUACUGCCAUUACAAUCUCCAACAACCACUUCACCCACCACAAUGAGGUGAUUCUGCUGGGCCACAGUGACUCUUACAUUAGGGACAAGCAAAUGCAAGUGACCAUCGCUUACAACCAUUUUGGGGAGGGACUCAUCCAGAGGAUGCCAAGGUGCAGGCACGGAUAUUUCCACGUAGUUAACAAUGACUACACUCACUGGGAGAUGUAUGCGAUUGGCGGGAGUGCAAACCCCACCAUCAACAGCCAGGGGAAUAGAUACAAUGCUCCGCCUAACGCCUUCGCCAAGGAGGUGACAAAGCGAGUGGAGACAGCAGCAAGCCAGUGGCAGGGAUGGAACUGGAGGUCGGAGGGAGAUCUGAUGCUGAACGGUGCUUAUUUCACCCCAUCUGGUGCUGGAGCUUCAGCCAGCUAUGCCAGAGCCUCCAGCUUAGGAGCCAAGUCCUCUACAAUGGUCGGCACCAUGACUUCUAAUGCUGGUGCACUCGGCUGCAAAAGAGGCCGUCAGUGCUAGCAUUGCCUAUCAAACCCAAACCAAAAAUUAGGGGCCAUUUUAUUUCUCUUUUGUGUUCAAUUCUCUGCAUUUUUACGAUAUUAUAGCAGGAAGCAAGUUAUGUCCAUUGUUUUGCAACCUCACAGGGUCUUGUGUACUUGACAAGUGUACAUUUAUUACACGCGUCAACUUGUUGUGGUACCCUCUUUUUUUCCUUGCUUUCACAUUGUGUGUAUCUAGUACUGGUCAACCUCAGCGGCUCAUCCUGCUCCAGCCCUAACAAACUAUGCCAUUGAAGGAGCAGGAGCAGAAGCGUGGUCCACUGUUUCUUCUUCCCUCCAUUCCAGCUCACUCCAUCAACACUUACCCGCCAUGUCCAUUGAAGCAGCGUCAAAUCAGGAUCCUUAUAUACUGUCAUGUCUUUUUUAGUUCUAUAGGAUUUGGAAUGAAUUCAGAUUUUUCACCUGUUA